AUGCAUGACAUCAUCAGAUUCCUCGAGGGUCGCCUUGACUUCCUGGUCCGAGCCACCUUUUUUAUCAACCGCAGGCUAACCCGGGGAGUUGAUUCCAGCUGCUGGGUCGCACAGCGCAUGGGGAGGCCUCCUGCUUGCUUCCUCGAACUCACCGUCUUCACCACGUCACCCUUCGCCAGGCCAUCCUCGCGUAGCUGCAGGGGGAGAACACCUGGUUUUGGGGCAGCAGCUGGGAGAUCACUACCACAAUCCAUCUCGUCUUCCUAUGAAUCUUCCUCCAGGAUGAGACGGCGACGACGGGUCUGUUCAAGUACCUCCGCGAUCGGAUCCGCCGGCACCCGAGCUUUGGGAUUGUGCCUUGGACGUCGGCCAGUAGGAGCGUGA